GUUCGACAGCAUUUGACCCGGCCGCAAGAGUCACCACCAUCAACAGCAUCAACCGUCGAUCGUACGUUGCCCGUCCCGCCGGAUCCCAUUAAAAGGGCCUCCUCCGUCCAUUGCGUUCUGUGCAUUCUCCUUCCCGUCCGAGCAAGACCCCAUAACCCACUCGCCUACACUUUACACGACACCAUGUCCGAGCUCCCCAUUGACCCGGCUACCCAAGCCUCUUCGGGUACUGCCACGCCGGUUGAGGGUGAAGCCGCUGCCCAGUCCAAGAAGGGCGCGAAGAAGGCCGAAGCUAAGGCCAAGAAAGAGGCUGAGAAGGCUCGCAAGGCUGCCGAGCGCGAAGCUGCUGCUGCUGCGAAAAGUGCUGACGGCGGGAACGAGGAUCUCGCCAAGGAUAACUACGGAGACAUCACCUCCACCACCAGAAUCGCUGCCGACAAGGUUCAGCUCAAGAAAUUCAGUGACGAGCAUGUCGGCAAGACCGUGAAGUUGCGCGCCUGGAUCCAGAAUGCCCGCAUGCAGGGCGCCAAGAUGGCCUUCGUCGAGCUGCGAGAAGUGCGCAAUUGGUCUAUCCAGGGCGUUAUCGCGGCGAGCGCCGAAGGCACUCCCGUGAGCAAGCAGAUGGUCAAAUGGGUCGGUGCUCUGAGGCUGGAGAGCUACGUUCUCGUGGAGGCCACCGUUCGGAAGCCCCUCGAGCCCGUUAAGAGCUGCCGCGUGAGCGAUUACGAGCUACACCUGACGAAAUGCUACCUGAUCUCCUCCGGACCCGAGGUUCUUCCUCUCGGUCUCAACGCUGCGAACCGCGCGAUCGCGAGCUUUGAGGAUGAAGACCCGUCCCAGCCUGCGGCACCGACUGAGGCCGUCGAGAGCCUCAGCAUCACCGAAUCUGGUGUUGCCCCGUCGGCGAGCUUGUCUACGCACUUAAACAAUCCGGCUAUGCAUAAGCGAGCCCCUGUUCAGCAAGCCAUUGCCGAUAUACGCAUGACGGUCCGCAAGCUCUUCAGCGAAUAUCUCGAUUGGAGAGGCUUCGUCCAGUUCGAGGCCCCUUGCCUCAUUGGCGCCGCUUCCGAGGGUGGUUCCAACGUGUUCUCGCUGCCAUACUUCGAGAAGCAGGCUUACCUUGCUCAGUCGCCCCAGUUCUACAAGCAGUUCGAGAUUGCUGGUGGCCGAAAACGCGUCUACUGCAUUGGACCUGUUUUUAGAGCCGAGAACUCUAAUACCCCGCGACACAUGACUGAGUUUACCGGUCUUGAUCUCGAAAUGGAAAUCGAAGAUCACUACCACGAAGUCCUCGAGAUGAUCGAGUGCGUCAUGCUGCACAUAUUUCGGGGCCUAAAGGAGCGGUGCCACGAGGAGAUCGAGCUCGUCCGCGCCAUCUACCCGGCCGAGGAGUUCCUGGUACCCGAGCCGGGUAAGGAGGUGCGGCUCACGUUCGCAGAGGGCCAGAAGCUGCUGCGCGAGGAAGGGCCCGAGGAGUACCGCAACGUGUCAGACGACGAAGACAUGAGCACGCCGCAGGAGAAGGCACUGGGUGCGCUGGUGCGCAAGAAGUUCGGCACCGAUUUCUACGUGCUCGACAAGUUCCCCGAGAGCGCACGGCCUUUCUACACACUUGAGGACCCGGCGAACCCUAAGGUGACGAACGCGUACGAUUUCUUCAUGCGCGGCCAGGAGAUCCUGUCCGGAGGACAGCGUAUCCACGUGCCCGAGCUCCUCGAGGCGCGCCUGCGCAAGAAGGGCAUCGACCCGACGAGUCCCGGCAUUCGUGACUAUGUCGACGUGUUCCGCUCUGCCGGCGUCCCGCCCCACGGCGGCGGCGGCAUCGGCCUCGACCGUGUUGUCGCCUGGUACCUCAACCUGCCAAGCGUGCACCUCGCUAGCUACUACCCACGCACCCCGAAGAGGCUGACGCCUUAAUGAGAACUGUGAGGACUCUAAGAGGCCAUAAUCGAGAGAGAGACAGGGAGGAGGACAAAGUAGGAUAGGGCAGAGAAGGGUGUAGAAGAGGGGGCGUGGAAGAGAAUAGGAGAGGAACCGCGACGACUUUAACGAGAUAGCCGGGGGGAAGGAGGUCUCUGAGAUUAGAGAAGUAGUAGGCACAUAGUGACGAGGAUUAACGUGAUACCGAGGACGAGGGCCAAGGAAGGAGAAGAUAAACCCAAAAAUAAAAAAGAAUACAAGCAAAAUACGCGCUAUAGGAGCCGAGAAUUAAAUGUAUGAGUUGCGUGCUGCCUGUAGGGAGGGGGGAGGGUCUAGUCCAACACACGAGAUUGGUAGGGAAGGAAGAAAGAGAAGAAGAGAGCAUAUAGCCGACAGUCAUCGCCUGGGGCGUGGAUUAGGAGAACAUGGAAAUGAUAGAGCGAUAAAAUAGGCAGUAGGAGUAGGGCAGGGGGCAAGGGGUAGGAGGUGGCCAUGUAUAUAUCCACCACCCGCCGUGCGCCGGCGACGUCGCGUAUCUUGCGUAAAAUUAAUCUCUAUUAAUGGUAG